AUGUUUGGGGCGGUUGAUUGCACCUCACUCAGCAACUGUGCCGACAUGGCGUACGGGAUUAAAGCUGCAAAAUGGCGUGUGUCACGGCCCUUCACGCCCUGGGGCCCCCCGCUAACAUGUGAGAGCCAACAUGCCUCUGCUGGCUAUCAUCUCCCAUCUCCCCCUGUCACGGCGAGGAGACAGGCAGCCAUCACACCAGCUGACAACUCGUAUUCACGUCAAGCCAGCAUCAAGCAGGGUCCGGGCCGAUCAGAGCUGACUCGACGCAGAGCUGCUCCAAAAGUGGAUAUCUGA